AUGUCCAAUUCAAUUCUUGCCGCUUCCGCGAAGGGAGCCACUUUUCUCAUCCUCUUGCAGGUCGCCUCUCGCGCCCUCACAUUCGCUGUCAACCAGGUCUUGCUGAGGUUCCUGUCACCGGAACUGCUCGGAGUCUCAGCCCAAUUGGAACUCUUCUCGAUAUCCGUGCUGUACUUUGCCCGCGAGAGCUUACGCGUGGCUUUGCAGCGACAGGCGCAUGGCACCCAGGCAGUCGUCAAUCUAUCGUAUCUGGCUGUCUUUGCCGGCACGCCGCUGGCCUACCUGCUUGCACUCGCCUGGUUCCGAGCCGAGACGCCCAAUGUGCCGUACUUUGUCGAGGCGCUGGCUGCGUAUGGCUUAGCUACCUUCCUCGAGCUGCUCAGCGAGCCAGCGUUUGCAGCAGUCCAGCAGAAGCUUCUGUACAGAGUCCGAGCGUCCGCAGAGAGUUCUGCUACCCUGCUUCGUUGCAUCGGGACGUGCGGCUCGGCCGUUCUGGCCAGUCGCGCUGGUCUCGAUAUUGGCGUUUUGCCGUUUGCUGUUGGGCAGCUAGCUUACGCGGUGGCGUUGCUUGUCGUAUAUUGGUACAAAAUAUGGCCAGUUGCCAAGGCCGAUGGCUUCUCGCUUUUCCCGGAUAAGAUGGCAACAACAAAAGAGAAUCCUGUUCUGAUGAGCUACUUGUCUGCUCCUCUUGUGCGACUUACUGCCUCUCUCAGCCUUCAGUCGGCCCUGAAGUACGUCCUCACCCAGGGAGACUCUCUUCUCAUCACAACCCUGGCAUCGCUGGCCGACCAAGGCGCGUAUGCGCUGGCAUCCAACUAUGGAGGUCUGAUUGCACGCAUGCUGUUCCAACCCAUUGAGGAGAGUAGUCGCAAUAUGUUUGCAAAGCUCUGUGCCAAUGUGAAACCCUUGGCAACACCUGGAAAAAAGAAAGAGCCGGAGAAAGUGGACAAACAGCAGCAGCAGAACCUUGCUCAAGCAUCCAAAGUUCUGAGUACCAUUCUCCAUCUCUACGGGAUCAUAUCUUUGUUCGCGGUAACACUGGGACCAGUCCUAGCACCCGUACUCCUUUCCGUUGUUGCAGGGCAGAAGUGGUCUGCAACGUCUGCGUCCAAAGUUCUGGCGACGUACUGCUACUACAUACCCUUUCUCGCUAUCAACGGGGUGACGGAAGCGUUUGUAGCCGCUGUUGCAACCAACAAAGAGCUGUAUGCACAGUCGGUCGCAAUGGGCAUCUUUUUUGCUCUUUUUGCAGGAAGUGCGUGGUUCUUUAUUGGGCAGCUCGAAAUGGGCGGUAAUGGUGUGGUGCUGGCUAAUACUGUCAACAUGGCAUGCCGCAUUGUUUGGAACACAUGGUUCAUCGGAAGAUUCUUUUCGCAGAACGGCUCUGGAUUUAGCGUACUGAAUACACUGCCCUCAGUUACUGCAGCGGCGCCCGCAGCUGUCAUACCGACACUGAUGCGGACGAAACCAGGUAUCCGCUUCUUGCAAAGGUUUGGUGUCUUGGGCGAGCUGGUGAGUAUGGGAGCCGUGGGCGGGAUAUACGUAUUGCACGUACUGUUCUUUGAGCGCCAGUUCCUCGUUGACUGUUACCGCAUGCUACGCCCAUCCCGAGCAGCUCCGCCGGCCGAGAAGAAGACUAAAUGA